AUGAGUUCGAAGGGAGGGAAAAAAAAGGGUGGGAUUUUUCGGAUAAGUUCGGGUUCCGAUAAGGUUGUAAAACAACAAAUAAAUAGUAUUUUUGGAGAUUUUGCGAGUACAGUGAAGGGAGUAUUGAAAGGAAAUUACAAAGAUAGGAAUUCGUUUAAGAAGAACUGUGAAGAACAUAUUACGAAUAAUGGAGUUACAGACAAGGUGGAUGAAUAUGUGGAGGUGUGUGUGUUCCUUAUGGAGGCAUUAUACGAAAUAUAUAAGUACAAAGGUGGAAGUACAGUAGUGAAGUAUGAUUUGAAGGAAUGGAUGCGUUGUAAAAUUAUAAGAACAUGGUUAUCUUAUUUCGUUAAAAUAUAUUGUAUUCCAACGAGUAUUGCUAAGGCCAUAUAUAGUGCUAUGCGAGCAAAAAUGGGAUGGUCAAAUCGUGAAUAUAAUAUGUGUGCGCAAGGUUCAAAUAAGGUGGAAAUUAAUGUAACGGAUUCUAUAAUGGAAGCACAAGUAAUACAGGGAAAAAACAGGAAAAAUAAUAAUGAUUUCUUUGAUGAUGUGGAGGAAUACUCGGACGGAGCAAAGGUGAAUAGUGGAAUCGUCAUGAUAAGGGAUGAAAUCAAGAAACAGAAGGAAGCAGAGAAGGCAAAGGAGGAAGCAGAGAAGGCCAAGGUGGAAGCAGAGAAGGCCAAGGAGGAAGCAGAGAAGGCCAAGGAGGAAGCAAAGAAGAAAGCGACGGACACGGAAACAGUGGCAGUACAAGCUGCCAAACCCGCAGUCACAGCAACACCUGCACCCGUAGAGAAAGGUCCAGCUAAAACAGGUAAGAUCAGAACGGAAAUGAAACAAAGUCCAAGGAAGGGUGCUAACUCUGGUGAAAUCGGGGGAAGAACCAGAAUGAAAAAUUCCGGAUUCCGAUUCUCGGGUAUUGGCUUUAAGGGUUCCCAGGUUUCGAAUUUCAAGGUUCGCGUGUUACGUACUCCAAGAUUCCCAGGGUGUAGAACCCAAGAAUUCCUGAAUUGGGAACCUGAAGAUUCCGGCCUUCCGAACCCAAGGUUCUCAGAUUUAGGAUUCCGGAUUCUUGACCCAGGGAUACCAGGGUUUCGAACCUGGGGAUUUCCGGGUUUUAGCUUUCGCAAUUCCGAGGUACCGGAUAAAGGGGUUCGCCAUGUUUGGGAACUAAGGAUUCCUAGGGUUUGGACCUGA